AUGAUCACAGUACUGAAAUCCUGUAUCAUGGCUGAAGGUGACACUAACCCCAUGGGGGACGAUGCCUUAGCAGAAAUGCAAAUAGAUGAAGUGCGCGCUCCUCCUGGCCCGGACAAUUGUGGACCUUUUUGGCGUUGGGAAAUCUCUGAAGAGCAGCUUGUCGAGUGUGUGAAGGACAAGAUUCCCCUUGUUUUAAGGUCUUAUGUUGAUCCCAAGAAGAAGGGCAAGAUUCAGCUUCAUACUAUCUUAGACCCACAGGAUCAAGUCUACUGUCUGGACUGCGUGGCUCAUGCUAUUGGUUUACCCGAAGACCAGAUACCUUUAAACCCCCAGUCCCUCAAGCUUCACAAGGCAGGCACGUCAUUGUACCAGCAUUGCAUGGGCAAGACGGCUGCUCAACAAGAAGCAGAGGAGCAGCGCAAGAUUUUGGCAGAGAAGGAGCGUGCUGCUGAGGAAGCUGCCCGUCUAGCUGAAUCCUCUCGUCCCUUUCAACCAGUUGAAGCCGAAACAAUGACGGUGGAAUCAUUGUGCAAGCAGUUUCAUUGGGAUCUAAAUGAUCCAGCAAAGGUCCAGCAGGCAACGGCAAUGAUUGACGCUAUCCAAGGUUCGGAUGAGAAGCAGACAGCCAAGGAGCCACAACCACAGUCAGACGAUGAUCAGUCAGACAGUGAGCAGUCAGACAAUCCGGGUGAGACGAUGACAGCCAAGCAAAAGUCGAAGAAAAAUGCGUCGAGCCAGAUGAUGACGAUGACGAGGAAACCUCAGAUGUCAUCAGUCCAACUUUCUGGCAUGGGUGGUCACGCAGUCUUUCUAAUUUGUCGCUCAUUGCUUUGUGGUUUGUGUCACCAACGUAAAGUCGAUACAACUUGA